GAGAGAGAGAGAGAGUGAAGAAGGUGCUGAUUCUGAGAAGCAGAAAUGAGAGACGAAGAAGGGCAAACAGUUCCUUGCAGCAGCAGCAGCAUAAACGGAGCAGCAAAUUUGAGUGUGAAGAAAGAUGGGUGUGGAUUUGAGGGCGUGUUUGGGAGAGGGAAGUACAAGCUGUGGGCUUUGGGCGCCAUUACUCUGCUCGCAGUUUGGUCUAUGUUCACUGGCACCGUCACUCUAAAAUGGUCUGAUGUUAAUCUCAAACACGCCUCUAAUGAUUUGGACCCCUCUCUCCAUUCUGAUCUUGAUGUUCUGGAUGUAGAUGAGAGGGAAAAGAUGGUGAAGCAAAUGUGGAAUGUAUACAAGCACAGCAGCGUUGCUAAACUGCCAGGCUUCUGGAGGGAUGCAUUUGGGGCAGCAUACCAAGACUUGACCAGUGAGGUUGCUAAUGUGAGAAACACGGCGUUUUGGGAGAUUGCCAAGAUGUCGUUCCGUGCAGCCAACAUCUACGAUUCAUCUCCUGCUGAAUUGGCUGCUAGAGAAUCGAAGGAGGAGGUUCGACUAAGAAUUAAGCUGGGGAAGACGAGAAAGCAGAAAUGAGAUGAACUGCAUAUGUUGCAUGCCUCAAUGAUGUAAUUGUUUGAUUUCCUCAUCACAUUAUCAUAUGCCAUCAUGGACCAUAUAUAUAAAUUAUUUCACUAGAUAUACUGGCUUGGCAUCGUCAUUGCAAAGUGAUGAGAUGUCUCAAUGCUUAGUAGUAAUAUAUUACGCUAGAGCGUGCUCCAAUUGGGAGGAUAACUGUAAUAAAUCUUGAUCCUAUCAAAUAAUUAAUAGUUUACUUUCGAAUCCAA